AUGAACGAAUCUCAUAUUAACGAUAAUGAAUCGGAUCCAGUAAUACCUGCAGAAUCAACUACAAUCAAAGACUAUGGUAAUAUAGAUCGGAUAAAAUUAGAUAGACAUUUUCGUAGAUUAUGGAGGUCAUUAUUGAGUUUAGAAUCUUAUCCAUUAGUUCUUGAAGAGCAUUGUAAAUUGCUCCAAGAUAGAUUUGAUAAUGAUAAUUCUUUUGAAGAUAAUGAAAAAGAAUACCUGAAAGAUAAACUUAUGGAAUAUCAAGAUAAAUUUAAUCUAGAAAAUCAGACUAACGAAAAAAGGAGAUGUGAAGUUUGUAACCAUUUAACAUGUGCCACUCAAUAUUGCGAAUUUUGCAUUCGGGACUAUUUGGAGCGAAAUUUUGAUAAAUGGAAUUCUGAAAGACUUGAUAGAACACAAAUGAUCGUUUUAAAGGAGUUAAUAGGUUCUAGCAAAGGGGAUGGUGAGUGGCUCGACGAGAUCACAUCUCAUACCUAUAUUGACAAAAUCGCUCAAUAUAUUCUUCCUUGCUAUGGGAUAACUAGAUAUCCUAAAACUGGCAAUUUUAUGUUGGUCUUAAACGUAAUGGAGUCUAAUUUACAACGCUUCUUAAUCGAUAAUGGUAUUAAUGAUAUUUUAACAAUUUGGAGAAAAAUUCGUGAAUUACGAAUAAAGCUUAUUGAAGCCGUAGAUAAAGUUACAGAAAAAGGCGAUAAGUUUUCUGAGGAAAAAUUCUAUAAUAUUUCUAUGCCAAAAAUUAGUUUAACUAAAGAACAAAAGUUCAAAGCGGCAAUGUCUACAAGCCGUCUUCACAAUUUUGGUAAAAUUUCAUCAAAGCCAAUUAACGUUACUUCAG